AUGCAAUAAUCGCGAAAAGUCAUAAACUUAUGUCAUCUUUCACAAUGGGGCCAAACAAAGAGGUUUUCCAUAUGCUGCCAAUAUUUAUAUCUUUUCUGUGUAUCGGAGGUAUAUCUGCAGGAACAUUAUGUCCGGACAACUGGACAGCGUUCAGAGGUUCAUGCUACUUAUCUCCUCGUUAUAAUCUCUCGUUCCAUGAUGCAGAGCGAUUUUGUGAACAUCUGGGAGGAUAUCUAGUAGAAGUAGAUGAUGCAACUGAAAAUGCAUUCCUAAAAAGUUACUAGGAGAGAAUGAUGAGUAUUUAAAAUAUAGUAACAUAACUAUUACAUCAAUAGAGGAUAUUGAAUGAGUGUAAGUUCAAUACUGAAUUUAUUGCACGAGUUGAAUAGAAUUAUAUUAUGCGAGCCUCUGGCGAGCAUAAUAUUAUUUUAUUCAACGAGUGCAAUAAAUUCAGUAAUGAACUUACACGAAUUUAAUAUUCUAUUUAUCACAUACCCAAAAUAAAGACCGUUUAAAUGAAAUAAGAGUAAUUUUACAUUGACGCGCCUUUAAUAUAACGUUAACAUUUAGCGCGUCUUUACACUAUGUUUGUAUACCGCUAAUGACGUCACGUCAAAAUAUAUGCACGGCCGUGCAAUACCAUAUUUACGGAGUCGCAAAAUCGGCACGGGUGUGUGAUAAACAGUUUUAAAAAGUCAAGGAUUGUAAAUAUCAUCUAUUCUAAAUACAUACACAAUACAAGAUAUACUCAGAUUUUAAUUUAAAGUCUUUUUGUAGGGUUAAACGCUUUUCAAACAUUUAUUCAUUUUGCACCAAUACCUGGAGCGGCGUGAGCAAAAUAAUCCGAAAUUGCGCAUGGUUAUUAAAACUCAAGACCUUUAAGACAUAUUAAACAUUUCUCAAAAUAAAUGUUUCGAGUCUUGCAUGUAAAUGAAGUAGUGGAGCAAGGUUCAUGAUCGUAACAGAGUGUAAAUCUAUAGUUGGAUUUUGAACAUGCAAUGGUCAUCUUUAAUUACAACUUUUAUCACCUGUCCAGUAAAUGACUCUAUGAUACUGUACAAGAGGCCCUAUUCAGUAGGCCCUACAAGACAGUACAUGAUUCUUAUACAUUAUAAGCAUUAAAUUACCUGUUCUAACAAACAUCAUUUUUUCUUACGAAAGAUACCGUUCAUUGGAUCGGUCUGACAGAUGAAGUUACUGAAGAAGUUUGGAGAUGGUAUUUUAAUAACAAGGUAGCAACUUUUACUUAUUGGCACAGACUCACUUAUGAACCGAAUGGAGGAAUAGCACAAAACUGUGUAUAUAUUGCCGAAGGUAACGGAUAUGAGUGGGCUGACGCGCCAUGUAUCUCCAAACGGACACCACUCUGUGA